GGGUGACUGUACACACCGGAGUGUUUCCAUGCGAUGAGCGUCACAACAUCGGAAGUUUUUAGAGAUGGAUUAUUUCAGCUCGUCCUGCUGCUUAAUGAAAGUUUAUUCUCGCGGAUGUGAACGGAAACGGAUAUUUGAGCGAAGAUCGUUUGAACGCGACUGUUUUAAAGCUUGAAAAGUAUUACCGGUGCUUGUGGUUGUUUUUCUUUUGACAUGCAGUUUUGACUUGCCUCCGGCGGAUCGACUUUCAGAUAACCAACCUGUGGACGUUCUCAAUGGAUUUGUUUAAUAUAAUCCGAGAUAUUUUUCCCAGGCCAUAAAAAUGAAGAUUUCUUGUAUGAACAACAUUUCUUGUUCUAAACAACCGUACACGUAAAUAACUACCUACUUUUAUGUAAAUACAACUCUGACGGACAAACACUAGCAACUCAAUUCUGCUUAACCAGAAGCCUAAAAAACACCUGCAUGGCACUGGAUGGAGUAUUUUUUCUUGACAUUGUCACAAUGGCCAGUCACAAAAAGACAGUCAUUUUACUUUUCCAACUCAUAAUUGCUGCAUCAACGCUGGAGAUCGGAGUAUAUGAUAUUGAACGGGGCCGACCUCGCAAAUGCGAACCCAUCACCAUUCCCAUGUGCCAGGGAAUCGGCUACAACAUGACACGGAUGCCCAACUUCCUGAAAUAUGAAAGUCAAGAGGAGGCGAGUAUUAAUCUGAACGAGUUUGCUCCGUUGGUGGAAUAUGGAUGUGACGUACACCUUCGAUUUUUCCUGUGCUCUCUGUAUGUGCCGAUGUGCGCCGAUCAGGUGUCCGCCACUAUCCCGGCAUGCCGCCCCAUGUGCGAGCAGGCAAGGCAGAGGUGUUCACCUAUCAUGGAACAAUUCAGUUUUGGCUGGCCAGACUCGUUGGAUUGCUCAAAGUUGCCAACCAACAACGACCCAAAUGCGCUGUGCAUCGAAGCGCCCGAAAAUGACACCCAGCCCCAUGCUAAGAAAGGUGCGGGCAUGCUGCCGGUGCUGCCGCGCUCCACACAGCCUGCAGGGGGGACAGGACGUUCCUCAAGCACCUCAAGGUCCUGUGUUAACCCGGAGAAGUUCCAGUAUGUGGAGAAAAGUAAAUCCUGCGCACCCAGAUGUUCACCUAUGGUGGAUGUCUACUGGUCAAGGCAGGAUAAGGACUUUGCUUUCAUCUGGAUGGUCGUGUGGUCGACACUUUGCUUUGUUUCUACUGCUUUCACAGUUUUAACCUUCCUCCUCGACCCUCAACGUUUUCAGUACCCAGAGCGCCCCAUUAUAUUCCUCUCCAUGUGUUACAAUGUCUACUCGGUGGCCUUCAUCAUUCGCUCAGUGUCCGGGGCUGAGAAUAUCGCCUGUGAUCGUGAAAACGGAGAGCUUUACAUUAUUCAAGAGGGUUUGGAGAGCACAGGAUGCACUAUAGUCUUUCUCAUCCUCUAUUAUUUUGGCAUGGCCAGCUCUAUCUGGUGGGUCAUCCUCACGCUUACCUGGUUUCUUGCAGCAGGAAGAAAAUGGGGUCAUGAGGCUAUUGAGGCACACAGCAGCUACUUUCACAUGGCCGCAUGGGGUGUACCUGCAGUGAAGACCAUCGUCAUCCUCACUAUGAGGAAGGUGGCUGGGGACGAGUUGACAGGACUGUGUUACGUGGGCAGCAUGGACACCAAUGCUCUCACUGGCUUCGUACUGAUCCCCCUGUCUUUUUAUCUCAUUGUUGGGACCUCUUUCAUUCUUACCGGAUUUGUAGCGCUGUUCCACAUACGCAAAAUCAUGAAAACUGGCGGCACCAACACGGAAAAACUAGAAAAGCUCAUGGUGAAGAUCGGAGUCUUCUCGAUCCUCUACACAGUGCCUGCCACAAUCGUCAUCAUAUGUUAUUUCUAUGAAAGGCUGAAUAUGGAAUAUUGGAAGUUUCAAACACUGGUAAGCAAGUGCUCUUCUUUUCCUGGUCGCAGGAGCGAGGACUGCUCAUUGGACACCUCGGUGCCCACGGUAGCUGUGUUCAUGCUGAAAAUUUUCAUGUCAUUAGUGGUUGGUAUCACCAGCGGGGUUUGGGUAUGGAGCUCAAAGACGCUUCAGACUUGGCAAGGGUUGUGUAAUAGGAGGUUGGCCAUGCGGGCGAGCCGCAAGCCCUGCUCCAGCGUCAGCUGCAGUGGCUCCCACUGCCAUUACAAAGCACCGGCUGUGUCAAUUCACAUGAACAAAACAGAUGUGCACACAGUCAAUCCCACACAUGUUUGAGACUAACCAUUUCCGUGCACAGUCCCAUAACAUAAUAAGGCGCCCGGGCUUAAGGAUGAACACUUGUCAGUAGUGGCAUUUAUAAAACUUUCCCUAAAAUGGAAAUGCACAGCAGAGGUUAAUUAAGGGAAGCUGAACCAGCAUAUGAAAUAUAUAUUGACGUGUUUGGCUGCAAAGAGGAACGGUUUAUUUAUUGUGAGUAUUUAAGUAUAGCUGGCUGUAUAGAUUGCUGUAUGUGAUAUACUGUAUAUAAGGACAUGUGUUACCAGAGAGUUUUAAAUGAUUUGACAGUAUUUGUCUCAGAGGAGCAAUAAAGCAUUUAUAACAAUAA